AUGGCGGCAGCGCGCUCGCAGACUUUUGAGCCCUGGUCCCGCCCCCUGCUGCGGCUGUGCUCUCGGGCACCGCUGAGCACCUGCCGCGGUCACACCUCCAAGGUUGGUGCCCAGGGAAGCGGCCAGGUCUCGGCCGAGAUGAUAGAACACCUGGAACGCCUGGCGCUCGUGGACUUUGGCAGCCGCGAAGCCGUGGCUCGGCUAGAGAAAGCCAUCGCCUUUGCUGACCGGCUCCGAGGCGUGGACACUGACAGGGUGGAGCCCAUGGAGUCAGUGUUGGAGGACAGAUGCUUAUUCCUCAGGUCUGAUGACGUAGUAGAAGGCAACUGUACUCAAGAAAUACUACAAAACUCCCAUCAGGUUUUGGAAGAGUAUUCUGUGGCCCCUCCAGGUAAUAUAUCUCUAGCAAAGCUGGAAGAGCCUUCUCAAGUGGCUGAGUAG